AUGUCAGCUAUUGAAAACAUUUCACCAGUUAUCAUCAAAAGAAUAUCCAAGGAGUUGAACGUUCUUGUCGCACAGCCUCCAGAAGGAAUUAGAGUUAUCAUUAAUGAGCUGGAUGUUUGUGAUAUUCAAGCUUGGAUAUUAGGGCCUGAGGGAACACCUUACGAAGAAGGAAUGUUUAAGAUUAAAGUGGUAUUAGGCACCGAUUUUCCAUCAGUACCUCCAAAAUGCCAUUUCAUAACCAAAAUCUUUCAUCCAAAUGUUUCAAAAUCUGGUGAAGUUUGUGUAAAUACACUAAAAAAAGAUUGGAACAAAGAUUUUGGGAUUGAGAGGAUUUUACUGAAUCCUACGGCUUCCAUCUCAUCCGAUAAUUUAAAUCACACAAGUGUAACACCAAAGAAACGUGUUGCCUCUAGUGAUAAGAAAUUAGAUAAGAAGCAAGCUGAUAAAAAAAGAAGCAUGAAAAGACUUUAA